GGCAAGAAUUAUUGGCCUUUAAUCUGUAUUGAUUUGAAUACGUAUAUGAAAAAUAAAAAAGAAUAAUUUUACUAAUUUGUUUAUAAUUUCUCCGUACGUCACUGUACAGAAGAUGACUCAACUUGUAGCGUGUGAAGUAGGUCCUCAAUAGACUCUUUUAGGAAAAAGGGGGAGUCUAAUUUAAACAAAAAACAAGCCAGUGAUUAAAUUGUUUUCUUAACAGUACUUAUUGUGGUCUACUGCAGAACUAUUAGACGUAAAUAAAAACAUAGACAAAGACAUUCUCCGUCAAAAUAACUGUAUUAUAUAUUAAAACAUAAUUUAAUAUAGCCCAAAAUGGCCAAAAAGGCUACAGUGCAACCUGCCUUACACAAGGUGAUUAUGGUAGGCAGUGGAGGAGUAGGCAAAUCAGCCCUAACACUCCAGUUCAUGUAUGACGAAUUCGUUGAAGACUAUGAGCCUACCAAAGCAGACUCUUACAGAAAAAAGAUUCUACUCGAUGGGGAAGAUGUUCAGAUUGAUAUUCUUGAUACUGCUGGACAAGAAGAUUAUGCUGCUAUCAGGGAUAAUUAUUUUAGGAGUGGUGAAGGGUUUUUGUGUAUAUUUUCUAUUACAGAAGACGAAAGUUUCCAGGCUACUCAGGAGUUCAGAGAGCAGAUACUCAGGGUAAAAAACGAUGAAACCAUUCCAUUUCUGUUAGUUGGUAAUAAGUGUGACCUAGAGGAUAAGAGGAAAGUGUCGAUACAGGAAGCUACCGAAAGAGCCAAGCAGUGGGGUGUACCAUACGUAGAAACUUCUGCAAAAACUAGAGAGCAUGUGGACAAGGUGUUCUACGACUUGAUGAGGGAGAUACGAGCUCGCAAAACGGAGGAAAACAAAACGAACAACGGAAGAGGCAGGGACAAAAACAACAAGAAAAAGAAACGUUGCUGUUUGUUUUUCUGCUGACGUUCUGAAGAUCUUGGAAAACUCACCAAAAUGAGUUUUUAACACAUCCUGCUGAUAAUAUAACUAAAUUGAGAUGCUUACUGUGUAUUUUUUAUAUAUAAAAGUGAUUAAAUAUCAAAUAAAAAGAUUCCUCUUA